GGCAUGAUGCUGGACAGGAGCAGGAUGUCUGUGGUGGCGGACAUUUUCCUCAGCAAGAAAAGCUUUGAACGUGAACGCGUUCACUGCCGGUGUUCCAGAGCCUUCGUAGUAGAUCGAGAGCUGUAUCGCUCUGAUAAGAGUCUCUUGUCUCAUAUCACUGCCCUUACUGUGGAAGAGUCAGAUGAAGAAGAAGAAGAGGAGGAGAAGGAAGAAGAGGAAGAACUAGAUGAUGAAUCUCAGCUAAUGGCUGAUAUGGGUCUGCCUUUGGCCUUUGGCAGUUCCUCUGACCACAGGAAAGCAGCAAGGAAGUCCAACAGGAAGCCAGCCACACAAUGGAUCACACAACCUGAAGAUGAAGAUGAUGAACAUCUACAGAAUUACCACAAAGGUCAUGGCGAAGAAGUGUGUGAUCCUCUAGAGAAUGGACCUGGAGCAACAGAGACACAGAACAUCCAGGAUGCUGGCUGGAAAACAUACUGGGCUCAACAGGGUGAAGCUCUACUGUGGAACCACUGGUUGGAGAAACAUCCACAGGUUACAGAUGAGCCAGGAACAGCUCCAUGGAAUGAUGCAGACACAAAAGCUACUUGGGACCAACAUGUCGCAGAAACAUACUACCACUACUGGGAGCAGUAUACAUACUGGACAGCCCAGGGAUGGACCAUUGAUUUGUCCCCUGGUAAUGGGAACACUGGUACUGAAGAAACAGAUGAAGCAGUGGAGACAUACAGAGGCACAGAAGCAUACUCCGAAGGUACAACAGUUGAAAGUAAUGGAGGUCAGGAGGGAGACACAGAAUUAGAAGAUGUGAAACCUCUUAAUAAUGAAGUUGAGGCUCUGACAGAUGUAUUUGGACUGAACUGUGCAUUAGAAGCAAAGGGAAACAAAUUGGAGACUCUAAAGGGAGACACUGAUGAGCCACAUGAUGGUGGGAAUGAUCACAAAAGACCUGCUGGCUCUUCCCAGCACAACACCACUGAGCAGACAGGUUCCCAACAGGCUGUGGGCAGCCACAACAGACAGUAUGCUUUCAAGGAUAAGAUGUCAGAUAGAGACGAUGACAAUGAUGAUGACAAACCUCCAGGGGGGAAACAUGCCGGGGUCAAACGUAGUCAUGAACUGGAUGUGGAGGAGAAUCCAUGUUUAAUGUCUGAAGAAGCCUGGAGAAAACUGGGACUUAAAUGCAAUCCAGAGCCUGUUUUUGACAGCGUUUUUAGGGUUAAAGAUGUUUCAUCUGAGAAGUAUCAGAAACGAAGGAUUAAGAGAGCUUCCAAGAGCAUCAGCAAACACCGUUACAAUUGGUUAACUGAGACAGGUGGAGAUGACAAAGGGCCACCAAGACGCUCCACUCUCAAAAAGGUUCAAACCUUUCUCGAGAAAAUCCAGAGAGAGAUGACUCCAUGUGACAGGGAUGAGAUGGAAGAUGGAAGUACACAAGAGCCUAAGGAGGAUAAGCUUCCAUAUCCUGGAGCAGUAAUGGUUGAAGAGAUGAAGCAGACACAGGAGAUGGAGAGCACUGCAGAUGAAAAUAACACAGCAGUGGAAAGGGAGAUGUUUGAUUCUUCGUCCUGUUUAGAUUCAGAAAGGAGGAAUUCUGUGACUGUAGCUUUUAGUGUUGAGAGGGAGGAAGCGGAUGAGCAGUCUGGAAGACACUUAUGUCUGGAAAUUGCUGAUGUUCUCCAGCCUGACACACUUGGAAGCACUGAGGUCAGUGAAGAUAAUGCAACAAAGCCAAAGAAGAAGAAGCAAGGAAAGAAGCAGCAGCAGCUGCCAGUGGAAAUGGCAGCAGAACCGGAGCUGGCUAAAUACUGGGCUCAGCGCUACAGACUCUUCUCUCGAUUUGAUGAUGGGAUCAAGCUGGACCGAGAGGGCUGGUUUUCCGUGACACCAGAGAGGAUUGCCGAACACAUAGCCCUCAAGGUAGUCCACAGCUUCUCUAAUUCUCAGCUAGUGAUAGAUGCCUUCUGUGGAGUAGGAGGAAAUGCAAUCCAGUUUGCACUUACUGGAAAGAGAGUCUUGGCUAUCGAUAUUGAUCCAGUGCGGCUGAACUUGGCACAUCACAAUGCUACAGUUUAUGGUGUCGCAGACCAAAUAGAAUUCCUGCAAGGAGACUUUCUUCAGCUAGCACCUCGUCUCCGUGGCGAUGUGGUCUUCCUGUCACCACCAUGGGGGGGACCAGACUACUUGACUGCUGAAGUGUUUGACAUUAAGACUAUGAUGGAGCCUGACGGAUUUAAAAUUUUCCACUUGGCCAAACAGAUAUCAGGAAACAUAGUGUAUUUCCUACCACGCAAUGCUGACAUGGAUCAGAUAGCCUCUCUGGCUGGUCCGGGAGGGAAGGUGGAGGUGGAGCAAAACUUCCUCAACAAUAAACUGAAGACAAUAACUGCAUACUUUGGCAGCCUGAUAAAGUCUGACAGCUACAGACAGACAGAGGACAUGGACAAGUAAACGAAAGCCCAUGUCUAGAUCUCUCGAACACCAGUUACUGGGGGAGGAUUUCGAGAGAGCAAAGGACUCUGGAGUUAACUAUUGACUAAACCUGAGUUUUACAGCAAUUGUAUAUAAUUUAGCCUUUUAUAUUGUUUGCAGCACUAAAUAAAUGUUUAUAUAAUCUGUG